CCUAGGGACCUGUCCUUAAGGGGUCGUCACAGUAUUGGACAUUAAAUGUGGCCCCCUACUCUUCUCAAACACUAAAAAUGAGAUUUCUGCAAAGGAUUGUUUUUUUUCUAUCAUGGACUUACUGUGCUGCACAAGGAAAUUGUAAGAAACUUUAUAUUUCUAAUGGGCAUUUUUCUGAAACAAAUGCGUCAUAUAAUUUAAAUGAAAUUGCACAAUACCGAUGUAUAGGGGGAUAUACGACACCAGAAGGAACAGAAUCAGGAGAGUUGAAAUGCUUGCAAAAGGGAUGGUCGGUUCAACCAAUCUGUAUUAAAACCUGUAAAAGACCAGAAUUCAGGAAUGCCAGAUAUGAGGGACAUGAAAUAGUGUUUCAACUUAACAGCAAACUAGAAUAUGAAUGUCUUGAUGGAUACAUUCGCAGAGACGGAAGGAGCACAACAGAUUCCAUAGUGUGUGGUGAGGACGGUUGGUCUCAUAUACCUGAAUGCCAUGAAAUAGAAUGUGAAAUUCCAGAUCUGACGCCAAACAUAAGAGCAAUUAAUGGGAAGGAUAAAUUUAAAGUUGGAGAUGUUUUGUCGUUUGUCUGUCAGAACAAACAGAAAAGAGUCGGGCCUGAAUCCAUUCAGUGCUACCACUUUGGAUGGUCCCCCGACCCUCCAACAUGUCAAGAGGUGGUAAAACCCUGCGGACCUCUACCCAAUCUUGCCAAUGGAAAAUCCAAUCAAAAAACUGAGAAGGGGUCAUAUCGUCAUGGAGAAGUUGUGGAAUAUAAGUGUGAUGCAAAAUUUAUAAUGGAAGGAUCUAAGAGAAUUGAAUGCCAUGAUGGAAAAUGGACACCAUUGCCUGCUUGUAAUGAGGUUGAAAAAACAUGUGGCGACCCUCCUGAACUCCACCAGGGUUAUCUCAAAUCUAACCAUCCUUCACCAUAUCAUCAUGGGGAUUCAGUAGAAUACGGUUGCCAAGAAGCAUUUGCAAUGAUUGGAAAGAAGAAAGUAACGUGCAUUCAAGGGAAUUGGACAGCUCUUCCUCAAUGCAUUGAAAUAAGUCAACUUAAAAAAUGUACAGUGCCGCCGGAUCCUUCCAAUGGGAAAAUUACUUCAACGAAGAGUGACUACAGUCACAAUAGUUUCUUAUUUUUCAUUUGCAAUGUAAAUUUUGAAGCAGAAGAAUCUACAAGAAUACCAUGCAUAAAUGGAAAAUGGCAACGACUCCCCACAUGCUUGAGUAAAGAGAGAAGAAAAUUGUGUCCACCUCCACCUCAAAUACCUCACGCCCAGAUGAUAUCAACAUCUGUAAGCUAUAUGAAUGGGGAAACUCUAGCUGUUCAGUGUGAGGAUGGCUACCUGCUCCAAGGACCGGAAGAAAUCAAAUGUGAAAACGGAGUGUGGAAAUUUGUCCCACGUUGCGUUAAAGCCAAUGGAAAAUGUGGGCCACCCCCAGCUAUUGACAAUGGAGACGUCAUCUCUUUCCUGUUACCUGAAUACCCUCCCGGAGCUAAAGUUGAAUACAAGUGCCAGAACCUUUAUAAACUGGAGGGUUCCAAGCAGGCGACGUGCAGAAACGGGAAGUGGUCGAAUCCUCCAUCAUGUCUAGAGGCAUGUACAGCAUCUCUAGAAGCUAUGGUGAGAAACAAUAUUGAGCUUAGAUGGAGUGACUCUAAAAAACUGUACACUGAAACUGGAGGUAUCAUUGAAUUUACUUGCAAAUUGGGAUUUAUGGAAGCUCCAGGAUCACCUCCUUUUCAAGCACAAUGUUUGCAAGGAAGAAUAAUCUAUCCCAAGUGCACUGAAGGACUUCCAUGUGGUAAACCACCUCUGCUGCUCAAUGGUUUCACUACUGAUGUAACUAUGGAGAUUUAUCAGACUGGAGAAAAAGUUACCUAUCAGUGUUUAGAAGGUUUUGACAUUAGUGGAUCACCAAAUGUCAAAUGUGAAGGAGGAGAAUGGUCCAAAGCGCCAAAAUGCACAGGGGCAGUUGGCAAGUGCGGACCACCUCCUUCUAUCGAUAAUGGGGAUAUCACCUCUUUCCUAUUUGCGGAAUACCCUUCUGGAGCCCAAGUGGAAUACAAGUGCCAGAACUUUUAUAAACUCGAGGGUUUCAAACAGGUGACAUGUAUAAACGGGAAGUGGUCAAAUCCACCAUCGUGCUUAGAGGCAGCUGGAAAAUGCGGACCACCUCCGUCUAUUGACAAUGGGGACAUCACCUCAUUCCUGUUUCAUGAAUACCCUUCGGGAGCCCAAGUGGAAUACGAGUGUCAGAACUUUUAUAAACUGGACGGUUCCAAAGACGUGAGGUGUGAAAACGGGAAGUGGUCAAAUCCACCAUCAUGCUUAGAGGCAUGUUCAGCAUCUUCAGAAGUUAUGGCGAGAAACAAUAUAAGUUUGAGAUGGGAAAACUGGAAAAGAAUAUUCACUCAAACUGGAGAUUUCAUUGAAUUCACAUGCAAACUGGGAUUUGUGAAAGCUCCAGGAUCACCUCCUUUUAGAGUACAGUGUUUACAAGGAGAAUUAACCUAUCCCAAGUGUGUUAAAAGUUAAUCCCCGGAAAGAAAUGAGGACUAAAAGCCCAGCGUCAAACUCAGUGGAUUUGUUGCCAACAUUUGAAGAUAAAUCUGAAAAUACAAUAUGCUGUAUUAUUUUCUGCUAGCUAAGAUUUGUAUAUCAUUUUUUUAGUCAUACUUCCUUUUAUUUGCCAUAAAAGUGCCAAUACAACACUCUGCACAAAAUAGACAUCAAUCAUAUUCAUAGUGAUGUUGAUACUGCUUAAGCUAAGGUAUAUAAAAUUAAUAUGGAAUAUUCACCAAUGAGUUGAGAUUCACUAAAACCAGAAUUAAUACUUUUACCCUUUACCUGAAGCUCAUUAUGAAUUCCUGUUCAGGCUUUACUCUGAUAUCAUGGUAGAUAUGACCUGCCAACUAUCUGCCACCUUCCCAAGCGCUUAGUACAGUGCUCUGCACACAGUAAGCACUCAAUAAAUACAAUUGAAUGAA